AAAGUGAAGUUCGAACUAAGUAGUCAGGAUGUGCAGAAGGGUUGGUAUUUCUGACAGUCCGGAAAGAGGCUAUUUGGAGUAAUCGCAACCCGUCCCAAACCCUCACAGAUGUGGUAGAGGUGGCAAACUUGCCUGGAAAACUAGCAAAAAUCAAGAUUGCCGAGUCGAUUUCAACUUCCUGACCCUUUUGAAUUUUUAAUUAUAUACAUAGACUCACGUAAAGUUUCUAGCUCGCCUCCUUUAUAGUUAAACUGCUACAGUGGAAAAAUGCCUUAUUAACCCAAACACUUUAGUUUUAUUUUCUGGGAAAUAUAUGUUGGAUAAUCAUAAAUCCGGGUAACAUGCCAGAGAUUGAUGGUGGGACAUGGAAGAUUGGAGGAGGCACUGGUCUGGAGCUGAGAUGUAUGAAUGGGUGUAUUACUGUCUGCGGGGUAUGCGAAAGCUGUCUGUUAGUUUCCAAGUUGUGUACUACCAAAGAAUGGUUUUCCAGAAGCGCAGAUGCAUCCCAAAGACGCUUCAUGAUGGGUCUGGUAAGGAAGUUAAACAACUUGGACAUCCUGGAGAAACUGGAGCAAGUGCUGCUUCCAGACAUACGGAAGGACUUCACUUACACCCGAUCCAGAACGAACCCUGGACUCCCAGAAGAUAGCGGCAGCCUGAGUUCGGAUAGAGCCUUGGACCAACAGUUACUGCAGAAGCAAAUGCUAGAGGCGUGGGAUUGGUUUUCUCGCAGAACCUACUGGACCAAAUUAAAUUAUCUUUUGGUGCUGUUUCAGCUCUGUGAUUCGCAGUUGCUGUAUGCCAUUGGAAAUCUUAUUCGCGUCUUGCUUAUUAGAGAGAAAAGUUUAAAUGGAAACAAAUCAAAAGACCAGGAAGACAAAGAUAAUGAUGGCCUCUCAAUACCUGAAUCACAGUACAGUUUCAGAACAUCAGACCAUUCUGAAUUAGAGUUGCUUGUCCAGGCUAGCUCAAAGUAUAAACCUGUUAGCCCCGCUCUGUUUCCUGAAGGACUGGGUUCAGCUGCAAUAGAAGAUGCCAGUGAUGAAAUAUCGACUGUAGAGCCAGCUAUACCAGCAUCUUUUACACUUAGUAAUUGGUUUCCUGAUGGUGAGAAGCACUGCAAGGUGCAACGACUGGACAAGUCUGAUGCUUCUUCCAUUUCUGCAGAUGAUCCUGCACUCUUUACUGUUCCAACAGGAUCGCAAUCUACUUCUGGGAUCAGCAAGUAUAAGGACUUCAUCCGUUGCCUGCCUGUACAUCUUUCAAAGUAUAUACUCGGUUUCUUGGACAAGCGUUCAUUAAUUACUUGUCAGCAUGUAUCACAGCACUGGAGUUAUUUGGUUGAAGAGAUGCUUCAGGAUGCAUUUGCCCAACAGCUUGUUCAAGAUGAGGCAAUGAUUCUACAGGGAACCUCUCCUAAAGGAGUGAGUGCUACUUAUGCAAAAAUCCGGGAUGUCUUUGUACCAAGAAUUUCAGAAAAAGGAGAAACCAUCCCACUAGGAGGCAAUCAGAAGAAUCAGAAAAUGCAGCCUGUUGCAGAUUUCUUUGAAGCAUACAUCGGUCUACAAACUGGCAUUGCCAAGAUUGAAGAAAGGAACAUUUACUGUGGCUCAUACAAUGUGUUAAUCCUCAAAGAGCAAGAAGACUCCCACAGGGUAAUCCAUUUCAGUGGUGGGAGCCUAGUGGCCAUGGGCUCCAGUGACCGAAAAGUUCGAUUUUUUGAUUUGAUGCAAAUGAAAGAAGUUCCCCCUCUAAUCAAGGGACAUGCUGGAAGUGUGACGGCCAUUCAUGUUUGUGAGGACAGAGGAAUAGUUUUAAGUGGUAGCUUCGACCUCAGUAUCAGGUGCUGGUGUCUGGAGACAGGAGACUGCCUGAGGAUCUAUCAAGGGCACACAGGCACAAUCAAAUGCUUGGAUGUCUAUGAAAACAAGCUGGUUUCUGGAGCAAAAGAUCGUCAGGUCAAAGUAUGGAAUCUAGAGACUGGGAGGUGUGCCAGAACAUUUAAGCAUAAAGACUAUGUUCUAGCAGUGAAAAUAGACCAAGACAUUGUGGUGAGUGGCUGUAAGAAAGGACAAGUGAAACUGUGGCACAUCAAAUCUGCCACACUGCUCAAGAUGCUGGAUGGCCAUCAGGGCCCAGUCACAUGCCUGUCCUUUGAUCAAUGGCAUUUGGCAUCAGGAAGUGCUGAUGGAUAUGUUAAGCUGUGGAGCAUGCUAGGGAAGUUCCAGGGAUGUUUGAUGACAUUUCGACACCCAAAAGCAGUGCUGUGUCUGAAGUUUCUCUAUGGCAGGGUAAUCAGUGGCUGUGCUGAUGGAAAGAUCCGAAUAUUUAACGUGUUUUCUGGGGACUGCCUGAGAAUGAUCAGGGUCAACAACAGGUCUGAUCCCAUCCUAUCAUUCAGUGUCAUAGACAACAGGAUUGUAAUUAAUGCUGUAACCAGAGUUCUACUUUUCCAAUUUGAAGAAGUUCAGUGGGAUUAUUCCCAAGAGACAGAAAGAGAAAAGAUAAUUAAAGACAGGGAUCGGUAUAAACGAGCUCCACUUAGAAAGCAGCCAUAUCCCUAUGUCCGUGCUGAGAGGAUGAAGAGGAUUGGGUCAACAAAUGUAAAGAUUUAUCAUCAUCGAGAAGAUUCAAGUGAAGGGACUGAAAGUCGACUGUCCCAUCAUGCACGUAGUUUAACUGCUAGAAGCAUGAAAGCAGCAAAGAUCAUUCAGCAAGAAUCAAUGAGACCAGCAACCUGGACAGAACUGCAGAGCUACCGCAGGAGUAGAGCCUACAUUGACCUCCAGCCAGAGUUCCGUACAAAGCCUCCUUCUGCUAUCCCAUCCAUGAGAUCUCCAUCCCAAAGCUAUCGUGAAACAUUUAGUCGGGCAAGCUCAGCUUCACCACCAGUAGCCAGAGCUGAGUCUGAUAAAGAAUCUAUUUCUAAAUCAGCUCUCUCUGCUAGUGAACAGGCAACUUUGCAACGCAUGAAGAAACGUGGUCCAUAUCAUCCCAAAACACCUGAUCAAAUCCUCCUUUCUGUUAACACUUUGCAGACAUCACAGAAACAAGAUGAACUCAGCUCUAACACCAAGGUGAAUAUGUUUAUCCGUGAGGCAUGGGGAGUCUCUCCUCCCCCAAGCCAAGAGCACAUGGAAAGGUCCAGUGCUACAAAACAUUCCCCGUCAUAUGAGGAGAACUCUGAAAUGUCUAGUGCAGUAAAGCAUAAAACUAACAAUCAGACUGCAAUCAGUCAGCUGAAGUCAGCAGCAACUUCUCUUGAUAUGACAAAGAGCAGCAUCCCCUUUGAAACUCGAGAACUUGAGCUUGACCUAAAGCACUCCAUGCAUGGACAUACUGUCAAAAGUCAUAUUCCAAAGCCAUCAGUCACACGUCUUAAAACAAGUCUGGGUUUCAGAGAGCAAAGAGAGCAUAUUGUUACAAAGAGGAGAUCACUUACUCCAGCAAGAAUCUGGGUUGAGAAUGUUGGCAAUUUUACAACAAAUGCUGAAGAAGCAAUCCAAAUGACAAAGAUGGUGAUUGGAACUUCUAGAAAAGCACAGCCACAAUGGCGAUCAAAACCACAGCCAUCGGACACUGUGGACCCAUACCGUAUCCACAGUGGUUUCAAGCUUUUAACAGUAACACAGCAGCAAGAGCAUGAGGCAAAAAUUAAAUUUCAGCAAAGUGAGUCCCAGAAGAAGAUUCUGCAAGAUAAAAACAAGGAAUGCAAAAAGGCAUGGCUAAGGAAGAUUAAGGGGUUACCCAUAGAGAACUUUACAAAACAAGGGAAAGUAGCAGCCCCUGAACUUGGACCUGACACUUAUAUAUAAAACUUUCCUUGGACAUUCUAUACAUACCCUAUUGCUGGGUGAUUUAUUCUUUGUUGUUAAGCUGUUUCUUCUUAAAUUUAACUUAGUAAAAUUUUCCUACAGGACACUUUGUGUCUUUAUAAACCAAUAUAAUGAAAUAAGACAAGUCAUCAGUACAUGGCUGGAGGUAAUCUGUGGUUUAUUCAUGUAAUGGUUAUAUUGCAAGGUGAUGCUGAUUGACUAUACAGAAGUGCCAAAAUCCUUAUUACUUGUACUCAUUUAAAGAACUGCUGUCUGUAAAGUUACAGUGACAUGCAUCUUUCUGUUUUUACAAAGUUAGCUUAUUUUAAUUAAAAUAACUGACACAAAGAUGAUGUGAUGUACAUUUCCUUGUAAUAAGUGUGAUACUAAACCACUUUUUGCAAUAUAUUUCAAACUGGAGUUGUACAUAUGAGGCCAUAAUUUCAACUUAAACGUGACUGCACACUAAUUAGCAUGUUUCCAUUAAUUAUUUUUGUAUGUAUGUUUUGAAUAAAUAUGUUAAGUUUG